UUACAGGGACAUAAUACAACUAAACAAAGUUAUUCAAUAUUUCAGCGGCAUAUUUGAUGUUGAACAGACAUAGUUUUAAUGGCUCACGGAAAUUUCAAACUAAGAUUUAAAAUAUUCAGUUUACAUGUGAAUUCCUCCAACCCGCUAUUGCCAAUCUAAACAGUUGAUUUAAAUUCAAAUAAAAUAAAUAAGUGGAACCUUUGUCUCAUCGAAAGAAAAACAGCAUCGUCUAUCUUGUGUUAAAAUUGCUGAGGGCGGCACCAGAUAAUGUGCUCGUUGUAUUAUUGGUGGAAAGCAAUCGUGGUGUGUGUAUUUAACGGCACAAAGGGGAACUUAGACCGCACAUCUUGUUCUGGUGUUAUUAUAAAAUGGAUAACUGUUUUGCAAACGGACGACAAUUAUGUCGGUGGCGGAUUACCCUUGCAGUAAUAAUUGAUGUUAUCCUGUACAUGAUAGUGGGAAUACCGGUAUUGUUUCUCUUCCUCCGAGGGACGCCGGUCGAGCGCGGCUUUCUAUGUGACGACCCGACCCUCUCUCUCCCCUACCGGCCCGAAACCGUCUCCACUUCCGUUCUCAUCAUCGCCGGCUUAAGCGUAUCGAUUGGCGUGGUGUUGCUGGUGGAGCUGCUAAACGCGGCUGAACGGAAGUGUCACCGUCCUUUCCAGGCUGCUGAUGAACUAGGCUUCUGUGUGCGUGGCUAUGGCGUCUUUCUCGUGGGCUUCCAGCUGCAACAGCUUAUUGUGGAAUUUGUAAAAAACCAGCUGGGUUCACUCCGGCCUAACUUCUUAGACGUUUGCCAGCCCCAGUUUAAUCGGUCACUUUGUCCGGGGUACAUCAACGAGUACACGUGUACCGAAAAUGAGUACGGAGCAGACGAGCUUAGGGACAGUCGACAGUCUUUCCCUUCUGGCCACGCAUCCUUUUCUAUGUAUAUUGCAGUGUAUUUUAGUUUUUACAUCCAACGGCGGCUACAUGUGUCGUUCUCUCGGAUUGUGAAACUGCUUCUUCAAUUCGGACUGAUCUUCCUCUCGUUGAUCUGUGGCCUCGGUCGUAUCCAUGAAAACAAGCACCACCCUGCUGACGUCAUCGUUGGAUAUGCUGUCGGUCUAUCAACAGCAAUUCUAGUGUUUGAACUUGUGGGUGACAAGCUUCUGACACCAUUUAAACAUUCUGGCCUUCUUCCUCUCCAUUCAACGAAUGAUUUACAAAACUGCUGCUCAUGCGGAGUGACCACUACUACAAUCGAUGAACCUGAGACACCUGCGCCGUUGAUACCGAAUGAAUACUUAAGUUGCAUAUCAAAUGGUAAUGGAAACGUCAAUAUACACACGUGCAUUCGGAAAUUGAAUGACAAACCAAAUGUAAAGGGCCAUAUGUCAACACCUAUCGCACAAAGUCAGCAGGCGGUAGACGAUUGACCUGUGACAUAGAAAAAUAGCAAGAAAAAAUGAUUUUCGGGAUUUGCUUGCGGUGAAGAAGUAGACGAACGUUGUAUGACGUUUAAAAAAUAUCCGAUCUCAUUUGUCGAAUAGAACGACUACGGUCGCAAAAACUAAACGAAAUGUGGAUAGUUAUCAAGAUAAGGUGUUGUGACAUAUCCACAAGUAUGGAGUCAUUUGUGAAUGUUGUUAUAGUAAUUGCUCUUUCAAUGUUUAGAACGCAUGAAUAUUCUGUGUACACUGUAAACAAAUGUAUUGCAUUCUGCUAUGAGCCUACCUGCGAUAUAUUCUGUAUGUUUGGUAAAAUACAAAAUGCAACAUAUAAUGCUUGCGUUUAAGUAUAAUAAAAACAAACAAAUAUAGUUUCUUUUUGGUUCGAAAGCUGAGUACGUGAUCUGUUUGUGGUCUUUGAAUUUGUU